AUGUUUAAUGCUACAAUUGCAUCAACUUCGCUAUUGAUUUAUUUACAGUAUCCAUUUUUGCCGUUGGUUUUUAUUAUGCCAUUUUUAGUUGUUUGUGAGUUUGGGGAGAAUUCCUCGCUGCUUUUUUGGCGCCAAAAUCUGAAAAAUUCAAAAAACCGCAUGUGCUAAACAAUAAGCAUUCGGAGUAUCGUUGUUUUUCUUUUGUUUAUUUUUUUGUUGUUUUCGAAAACACAUGUGUGCACAUAUGUGUUUUUUUUUGCAUUUUUGUUUAUUUUUUUGCGACAAAUAGCUACCUAACCUUUUUAUAGUUGCAAAAAUGACGGAUUGGACAGUGCAGGAUGUUUUGAACUGUAUAAAAAUUGUUCUCAAUGAUGAUGUAAGUUUUUUCCCAUUUUAUACAAUUCAUUUUUGUUUUCAGAUUGUUGCUCGACCAUCAGAAGACGAUCUCGAAAAAUAUGAAGUAGAUGAACCCGAAGAAUUUUUGCUGUUUCUGUUCAAUAAAUCGGAAAGAAUCGGAGAGGUCUAUGACAGCAUCAAUAUGUUUGAAAAAGAUCUUGUAAAAGCAUGGGAUAUGCCUGAAUAUUAUAGAUAUGGAUAUGAUAAACAACCCGGGACAGAAUUUACAGAAAAUUUACAUGGUGGAGCAACUAUUUAUAAAGACGAAAAGGGGAAUGAAUAUACUUCGAAACAUGAUAUGAUAUUGAUGUUUUUAGCUAUUUUCGAGAAUAUACCAAUGCAUAACAUGGUUUCACGUCAUUUUUCGUGCUGGAUCAAUCAUUUGAUUCGACAAAAAUACGAAAACAUGGAGAAUACCUAUGAGUUAAUACCCUAUUCGAUAGUUUUAUCCAUGGAAAAAUCAGCUGAAGAAAUCAAAUGCCAAGGAGAAUUUGAAGGUGAUAUUCGAGAAGAAGACUUGUUCGAACUCCGCAAAUAUUUUGAUGCUGAAUAUGAACACGUGGUUGUCGAUCAUUUCAAAAAACUUCUCGAUAAAUUCCCAGUUUCCAGCGAAAAAUAUCAAGUGUUCUACAAGAAAAUUUAUAUGGAUAUUAAAGGAACCAUUGAGAAGGCUUUGAAAGUUCAUGAAAAUUUCAAAGAUUCAUUGGAACCCUCGACAAAUCCUCUUCCAAUUGUUCGAUGUUUUACGUCGAAAAUAUCGGAAAAACCAAUGAAGUUCUAUUUUGAAAAAGAGGUUUUUAAUGCGAUUAAAUACUUGCGGAAAGAUUUGAAAGACGAAUUCGAAUCCGAUGCUGAAACUGAAAAAGAACGGAAAUGUGGAAUUGUGCAUAUGAUGAAUGAGCAAACUUUUGUUGAAAUCUUGGAAAAAUAUAAGAUUUCGAUGGCUGAAUUGACUGUAAGUUCUGAAGGGAAGUUUUGAAUCGGACACGAUUUUGAGGAUAAGCAAUAGUUUUCAUAAAGUUUCUCUUUAGAUAUCGAUAUUCUCAAAACCAAGUUCGAUUCAAAGUUGACCAAUUCUUAACUGUGUUUUUUUCAAAUUAGUUUUUUGCAGAUUCUAAAAAAACCAUAUUAUAGUUUCUCAACUAUGAUUGUCUCUCCGAUUAUUUCAAAUUACGGAACAUUCUGCAAACUGGCGACUGAUGCAUUCCGCGAAGUUGUACGAUAUAUGAUAAGAAAUAUGGAAAUAUUCAAAAAUAUCUACGAAGUUGAAUUUGCCAAUUUGAUAAUGUGGAUCGAGACGAAUUUGGCUGAUUUUUUUGGGAAAUCUGGAAAAAUAUAUGCAAUUGAGAUGUGGAAAAUCGAGGAGAAAAUUGGAAAAUUGAAAAAUGAUUGGAAAUUGAAGAAAUCGUCAAUUUACACACUACGAUUGAAAGAAUCAUACGAAAAAUCGGAGAUUCUUGAUUUUGUUCAAAAAUCCUUUCAACCACUGAACUUGGAUUUGGAGGUUUUCGAAUUUCAUUAUACGAAAAUAAUGGAUAAUAGAAUUCCCAAGAAAAGUGAUAUUUAUGAAUUGUUGAACAUGUGUUUCGAAAAUAAAAUAAUUCUUUCUUUGAAAGAUUUACGUGCGGCUUUUGAUCAACAAAAUGGAGAUGACACAAUUAUAGUAGAUUUGAACAAUGCGAUGAAGGAAUUGGGAAUAGAUGAAAAGUUGUGCGAAGUUGUGGAAAAAGUUAAAGAAAUAGCCAAGUAAGUGUUUUUUUUAAAUAAAACUUGUAAAAGCUAAUAUUUUAAGCUAUACGCUUGCACACUUCGAAGUUGGCGAAACUCAACCAAUUUCAAAAUUCGAAAAGUUAUUGGAAAUCCCAAAUUUUCGCAAAACAUUUGAUGACAAUUCUUGGAAAUAUCUGAAGAAUUUUAUUUUCAAAAAUUUGGAAAAAACGAAACAAUUGAUGAAAAAUUUCGAACAUUUAUACGAUUUUGAAGAUAAAAAUGGGGAAUUAUUAUUUUCGAAAAGGGAACAAUAUAUUGGAGAUUUGGAAUCGAUUCGAUUGAUUGAGAAAGAAGAAAUGGAGCGAAUUUCGGAAAAAAUGAGGGAUGAAAAUAAGAAAUUGAGAAGUAUUGUGGAUGCGAUUCAAGGGCAAAUGAAAGAUGAACGAAAACGGUGAGUUUUUUAGCUGGGAACAUUUAAAAAUCAAAACAUUUUGCAGACAUCAAGAAGAGGUGCAAAAAAUCAAAGAAGAUCAUCAGAAGUGUGAGGAAAAAUAUGCAGAAGAUAUGAGUGAUAUAACAAGUAGACAUACAGAUCACAUUCGCGAUUUGAAGAAUGAAUUGGAUUCGAUGAAAAAAUCCAAGAUCGAUAUUGAGAAGACAUUGAAGAAAAAGGAAAAUGAGGUGGUUUCGACAGAAAAAAUUAAGAAAAAUCUCGAAAAUCAGUUGAAAACGGUGAACAAGGAGAAGAGUACGAUUGAGAAAAAAUUGGAAAAAAUGGAAAAUGAUUUGGCUUCGGUUGAAACAUCGAAGAAAAGUUUGGAAAAUCAGUUGAAAAACAUGAAACAUGAUAUGCUUUUGGUCGAAAAAUCAAAGAAAAAUGUUGAGAAUCAGUUGGAAGCGGCUGAAACAUCGAGGAAAAAUCUGGAAGAUGAGUUGAGAAUUGAGAAAAGUUCAAAUAUCGAAAUUCACAAUCAAUUGAUUAUUGCUGAAACAUCUAGAAAAACUGUGGAAAAUGAGCUGAAUUUGACGAAAGUGAACAAAAAACCACGAGGAAAAGUUUUGAAGAAGAUUAAAAAUUUGGAAAGCUGGUUUGAAAAUGGAAUUGAAAAAAUGAAUCGGAUUUCUGAAAACCAUAGAAAAUUGAGCAAUUAUGAGCGGAUUUUGAAAAUCUCGAAAUCACAUGAAGAAAUAUUUGCAAAUCUCAAUAAACUUCUUCAAAAAUUUCCCAGCAAUGCUGAAAUUUUCCGAGCUAGAAAUCAAUUGUUCAAAAAAUCGGAUUUUGAUAGAUAUGUGGAAGAUAUUCGAGAACAAAUUCAACGGAUUCAAGAAAAUCCAGAAGGCGAAUUUGAAGAAUUGCAGUUUGUACAAGUUAUGAAGAAAUAUGAGCAAUGGGUUGAAGAAUAUUUGUAA